AAGCAUUCUUAGUGCUAUUGAAUAAAUACGUAUGGAAAAAAAUGAGGAAGUUUAUUCGGAAGUAUAGAGUCCGCACGAGAUGGUGACCUGCAGAGUGAUUCUCGUUGUUCUAUGCCUUUGCUUGUCGCUGAUAGAAUCAGCGAAUUCAUUAAAAUGCAGAACAGGAGUUCAGCAGGCGAACAAUCAAUACCAGAAAAUUAUACAGAUUUGCAAGAAGCGAUCCACAUCUGAUGAUGAUUAUAGCAACGAUUCUUCGUCAAAUGAAGACGAAGACAGCGAUGACUCCUCGAGCGUAGAUUUGUUUGGUACAAGGUUCUCUAUGAAUAACGGCAGAACGUACUAUAACAGGCAGUCUUGGAAGGAUCCUAAUGAGAAUCGGAAUCGCGGGAAUGAUCAGAGAAACGGUAACAAUCGGCGCUAUUCCGUCGAUUACACAAAUGGGAACUGGAGAAGUGCUCGAUAUCCUUCUCGUGGUAGCAAUAAUCGUGAUUUUAGUUAUUCCGAUGGAACUGGCAGAUCAAGCUACGACCAGACGUAUAAUAAUGACAAUUCUGAUAACUACGGCAAGCAACAAGAACAAGACUGCGUCACCCAGUGUUUCUUCAACGAAUUAAAUCUGGUGGAUCAAAGGGGAUUUCCCGAGCAAGUCUCGAUCAUCCAGUUCAUGACUCGUAACAUACACAAUCCAGAACUACAGGACUUUAUAGAGGAAGCUGUUAUAGAAUGUUUUCAUUAUUUGGGCUCGGAUAUGAGGCAGAACAAAUGUUAUUUCUCGGAAAAUCUCUUGGCUUGUUUGGUUGAUAAAGGAAAGGAAAGAUGCGAAGAUUGGGAUGAUUAAUAACUCUGUAUGCACACAGACGUCUUAUAUAUAUAUAAUAAUAAUAAUAAUUGACUAGCUGAUAUAUACUU